UAGAUACUACAAAUCUCGUUCUCAAAGGUGACGUCACGUAUUUGAAAUUCAUCAUGGCCGACACUGUCAAAAUUAUGGUGUCAAAUAUGAUAUAAGAAAGAAAGAAUCAAGUUUUUAGACAUUUGGGUGCUUCCAGACUUGCAUUUAAAAACAGUCUUGCUUACGGUUAUUGGACUGCUAGCCCAAUUUAUCCAAGCACCAUGGCGACUGGAACUCUUUCUGACUUUGUGCCUAAUGUGACGACACAGGAUACAAGAAAGCGACAACAAUGUUACGAGGUGAUGUCAAGGUACCUUAGUGAUCCACGAAGCUCCCUGUCAUGUGAUGAUAUGGAUGCACUGGUGGAAGGUUUGACAGCUUGGGUAACCUGUAGCAACUACAAGAUUUCAUUAAAUGGAUUGGAGAUUCUUUGCCUUAUGAUUGAUAGAAUGGGAGAAGAGUUUAAACCACAUGUUACUACAGUUUUGACAGCAUGUAUUGAUAGGCUUGGUGACUCCAAAGAGCAAGUGCGAGAACAAGCCCAACAGUUGCUGUUGAAACUCAUGAUGCCAGCCUCAACCCCACAGUAUGUGUUUGAGAGGAUAAUGGGAACAUUUAACCACAAAUUGUUUCAUGUUAGAGAAGGUGUAUUGCUUUGUUUACAGAAUACAAUCAAUAGGUAUGGGGCAAGAUGUUUACAAUUGUCAAAAAUUGUGCCGUCAAUCUGUAAACUCCUUGAGGAUCAGACACCACAGGUGCGUGAGGCAGCUUUGAAUACAUUAGCAGAGAUAUACAGACACGUUGGUGAGAAAGUACGAAAUGAUCUUACAAAGCGAUCAAGUAUUUGCUCCACAGAGAUAUUUCCAAAUAUGGAUUUUGAUGAAGACGAUGAAGUGUUUUUAUCCAAUGAGAUUGAAGCAGAAUUAGAGAAAGACUUGUGGUCGUCUCCGUUAAUGAAUUAUAGUUCACCAUUUGAUGAUUAUAAGGAUUUAUAUGCAGAUAUAGAUACGCCAAAAUCUCGUCAUAGCUCCAGUCGAUUGCCAGUGCCAGUUGAUAUAGGUCCUGGUAGGGCAGACAGAGAAGAUCAUGACGAGCCUGACUUUGCACGACCACUGUCCACAAAAGUUCCUCAUGCCAAGAGAUUGCCGAGCUCUGCCAGCUCUACCGUGUCAACGGGAUCAGCAUCGGGAAAGCGGAGUGGUCUCGGAAUGUCAAAAUCCUCCACUUCUACAGCAACUAGACUGUCAUUUAGAAGGAAAUCAGCUCCUGACUCGACAGGUGGUGGCGCUGGGGCAGUUGAUGAGGAAUUUUUCAUCCGAUCAUUUGAAGAUGUACAGAAAGUACAGAUGUUUUCUGCAAGGGAUCUUACUGAUCAACUAAAUAAAUGUAAAGAUACUUUAGCGGAUACAAACAUAGCUUGGGAAAAACGGGUAGAUGCUCUGAAGGUAUUACGGGGUGUAAUGGUUGCCGGGGCACCAGAAUAUGAUGAUUUUUAUCCAUUUUUGAGGGUUCUAGAGCCCUGCUUUAUGAACUCUGUAAAGGACUUGAGGUCUCAGGUUGUACGAGAAGGCUGUAUCACAAUAGGGUAUUAUUCACAGCGACUGGGCAACAAAUUUGAUCAUAGUGCCGAGACAUUGUUACCAGUCCUCAUCAACCUUAUUCCAAAUAGUGCCAAAAUAAUGUCAACAUCCGGGAUCACGUGCAUAAGGUUCAUUUUACAGUAUACAUUUGCAUCACGACUCAUUCCAGUCAUUACUAAUAAUAUGUCAUCCAAGGCCAGUAUCAUAAGAAGAAUGAGUUGUGAGUUCCUGAACCAGAUUUUACACACCUGGCCAACACAUAUACUAGAAAAACAUAUUGCCAUAUUACAAGAAUCCAUUAAAAAGGGUAUAAGUGAUGCAGAUUCUGAUGCUCGAUCAUUUGCCAGAAAGUCUUUCUGGGGGUUUGCUGAACAUUUCAAAGAUCAAGCCGAUGCAUUGUUAAAUCAUCUAGAUCCAGCUAAACAGAAGGCUUUACAAGGUGAACUUAGUAAUUCCUCCAGUAGUAACUCUCUCAACAGUGGUGAACGCCUAACUGCAGGGAGGGUGCGGGCACGCUCAGCUAGUCAGGACAGGGGAUACGAGACCAGUACUUUAGGGCGUGUAAAUAAGAAAAGUCAUCAAAGGUUCCGUUCAGCUCGAAGCGAUACAGGGGGAGACCUCGACAAUGAUGACUUAGAUGGCCAUCAGGAAGAUUUAGAAACAUUUAACGAACCACCGUCGAGUCACAGACAAAAUGGAAUGAUGCGUUCAAGCAGUGCGGUAGAUAUCGCUAACCGUCCCGGUGGUACGAUAUCUACUUCAACACUGCCUCGGAGACGAUCGUCUUCGACGAUGUUAGCAGCAAAAUUGUCCAACGGAUCUACACAAUCGUUACCACGGAAAUCUCAUGUCGUACCCUCGUCAUAUUCAUCCAGUCGUAUAUCACCACAAGAUCAUGGUCGUAAUCGUACACGUUUAGGAACAUCUCAAUCGCAACCAAAUAGCCGGUCCAGCUCUCCCACCCCUCGUUCAAGUUAUCUGACUCACACCACCGGGCAUGCAGCUCCUUUGACCCCUAGUCGACCCAGAAAGGCGUCCUCUGUCUCUAACCCUAGAAGUCAGGGAACCAGCAGAGAAUCCAGUCCUUCUAGAUCUGUCAAGUCAUCCGGUUAUGGAUUACCAGGACGUGAACGAAGAUUCAGCGGUAGUAAGUCUGCCGGUAAGAGUGGUUUGACAGUAAAAACAUUAAAACCUGGUCAGGACGUGGAGGAACUGUUAGCAGAUGCCUUGCGCCAGCCUCUAAGGAAACGUUAUGAGAGUUAUGAUUCAGAUGAUAAUGCCAGUGAAACUUCCAGUGUGUGUUCAGAAAGGUCUUUUAGUUCAUAUGGAAAAACCUCAGAGGAUAUGGGAGAAAUCCUUGCAUUAUUGCAAAGCAGUUCAUACCAAGACCGAAAAGAAGGUGUUGUUAGUUUACAGAAAUUAUUACGACAAAAUCGAUUUUUGACGCGAAUAGAAUUAAAGAAAGCCACAGAAAUAUUUACAAGAAUGUUCCAUGAUCCACAUAGCAAAGUUUUCAGCUUAUUUCUAGAGAUGUUGAUAGAUCUGAUACAGUUACACAGUAGAGAUAUGACAGAUUGGCUGUAUGUAUUGUUGUCACGACUACUAAAUAAACUUGGUGCCGACAUUCUAGGUUCAUUACAAGCCAAAGUUCAACGAACACUAGAUGCCACCAGGGAUAAUUUUCCGAGUGAUCUACAGUUUAAUAUAUUAACACGGUUUAUGAUUGACCAGACGCAGUCUCCUAGUAUGAAGCCAAAGGUAAUUUCUUUUCAUUUAUUAUCCUUGGUCGCCCUGCUUGAUUUGUGCGAAUAUGGCAUGUCUUCUGGAUAUUGUCAGUCAGUGAAUGCUUGUCAAGGUCAAAGGUUGUUUGAAUCAAGUUGGGAACCAUCUGCCCAGUCAGUGUUGUUUGCCCUGUUUAACUUAAAUCCACCAGAAUUUUCCAUGAUGUUGUCUGGCUUACCAAAAGCAUUCCAGGAUGGUGCAACUAAGAUUCUCCAGCAUCAUUUGAAAGGUGCCCAUGAACCAGAAGUGCUCACACCUAGAAAUACUGCCAGUCCACAGACACAUCAGAACAGGAGUAGGCCUUCUUCUAGGGGACCGUAUAGCAGAGAUGAAGCUGACACUGAAAAUAUGAACCCUGAGGAUAUAUAUAACUCAAUAAAGAAAACAUCAGCUGACAUUCAAAAUCUCAGUUUUAAUAGUAAACUUGAUCAAUUUGACGAUGUGAAAAAGCGUAAAGACUUUACGUCACAAGAUAGUGGUAUUCAGGAUUUACGGAAUGAUAGCCCGGAUGCAGGAGACUCUAGAAAAACACAAUAUAACCCAUCACAUUAUUCUGAUGAGAGUACUAUAAAUGGAUAUAACCGGAGUAAUCAAGCAGAGGCCGUGUUCUAUGCUGAAAAUGACACAUCAUUCAAUGAAGAUCCAUUCAGAACUAUUCUUGGCUUGAAGUUAGACAAGGGAUCAUUAGACCAGGAGGAGAUGAUCAGUGAAAUCCUCAAAGAGCUCUCCAAUCAUAAUGAAAGACAUGAGGAGCGUAAGAACACAAUGUUGUCUCUGAUCAAGAUGACGAGGGAUGGUAUGUUUGAACUGUGGGACGAUCAUUUCAAGAGUAUCCUGCUGAUAUUGUUAGAGACACUGGGUGACGAUGAUGUGCAAGUUCGGUCAUUGGCUCUGAGAGUUUUGCGGGAAAUUUUACGAAAUCAGUCACGUAGGUUUGAAGAGUACGCGGAACUUACCAUGUUAAGAAUUCUAGAGGCACAUAAAGAUCCAGCCAAAGAGGUUGUUAGGGCAGCAGAAGAAUGUGCGGCUACCCUUGCUAGCUACACACCACCUAUACAGAGUAUACGUAUACUGAUACCUAUAGUUAAAGCAGCAGAGUUACCUAUGAACCUAGCAGCCAUUAAGAUGCAGACUAAGGUAGUAGAACAGAUGUCAGCAGAAGAGCUUCUAUCAGUCUUACCAGAAGCAAUGCCAGGACUUCUUAAGGGCUAUGAUGACAGUGAGAGUAGUGUAAGAAAAGCCAGCGUGUUCUGUCUUGUUGCCGUAUACAUGGUAGUAGGUGAAUCUCUGAGACAGUUUCUCACAGACCUUAAUGGUAGUAAGAUCAAGUUGUUGAAUUUAUACAUAAAGAGAGCCCAGGCUCAGAAAGAGAGUGGGAAAGUGCUGUCACCUCACAGCUCUGACACAUCAUGAUAAACAGCCAAUGAAAUGCUAGCUUUUUCUAUGAUUAACAGUCAUUUAAAACACUGUUAGCCAAUCAUAUACAAGAAUGUAUGGAAUGGGCAUCUAAACAGCAAAGGCUUUUCAUCCAAUCAGAUUUAUGUUAACAACAUGAAAAUUGAAUGUUUUAGGUGAAUAUAUAAUAUAAUUGAUAAUAAUCAUAAGAGUAGUAAAAAAGAAACA